AUGACCGAAGCUGCCAGUGUCUAUCCUUCAUUGGAGAACCGUCCCAUCAAGAACACAGUUGUUCUGUUUGAUGUCGACGAGACUCUCACCCCCGCAAGACGUCAUGCUUCUCCAGAGAUGCUUGAGCUUCUCUCGCGAUUGCGUCAUAAGUGCGCCAUUGGAUUUGUUGGCGGCUCGAACCUUGUGAAGCAGCAAGAGCAACUCGGAACUUCUUCGAUCGAUGUCACCACUCUGUUCGAUUUCUGCUUCUCCGAGAACGGUUUGACCGCAUUCCGUCUGGGCCAGUCGCUUGCCAGCAACAACUUUAUUCAAUGGCUUGGAGAGGACAAGUACCAGGCCCUGGUGGACUUUGUUCUCAAGUUCAUUGCCAACACCAAGCUUCCCCGUAAGCGCGGUACCUUCAUUGAGUUCCGCAACGGAAUGGUCAACAUUAGCCCCGUUGGACGUGCUGCCAGUCACGAUGAGCGCAACGAGUUCGAAGCUUAUGACAAGAUCCACAAUGUCCGAAAGAGCCUUGUCGAGGCCCUGAAGAAGGAGUUCCCUGACUACGGUCUUACAUACUCUAUCGGUGGCCAAAUCUCCUUCGAUGUCUUCCCCACUGGUUGGGACAAGACCUACUGCCUGCAGCACAUCGAGGCGGAGAAGGGCAUCUCGGGCAUCGAAUACAGUAUCAUCCACUUCUUCGGUGACAAGACCUUUGUUGGAGGUAACGACUAUGAGAUUUAUGAAGACUCCCGCACCAUUGGACAUUCUGUCGAUGGCCCUGAGGACACUAUGAACCAGCUCAAGAAGCUGUUUAACCUGUAA